GCGGGUCAGCAUCUCGCCCGCUCACCUCGCCUCUUUCCGGGCACCGAAAGUUAUUAGCACAAGAGCGGAGUUGAGAGCAAACUCCUCCCCCAGAGUAAGGUGGACCCCGGCCCCGGCCAGACCUGACCCCGGGCCUCGCCGAACUGUACUCAAUAGUCAAGACCGACCCUUUUGGCCCAUUUUCCCCCCUCCCUCGCGGGUGGUAGAGUUGUCGAUCCCCCGAGGCCAGAAACUUUAGCUCCAGUGAGGGUGGGGGCCGGUGCAGGCUGUCUUCCAGGAUCCGCGAACCUCGCUCUCCGUCCCCCGGCGCCCGGGCCUCCUCCCUGCCGCAGGCCGGUCUGCAGUCCGCGUAGUUUUGUUCGCUCUCCAUCAUGCAGAAAAUUAAUCAGCCAGGACGAGCAGCAGAGCUGAGCACGACGGCCUGUAAUUAAGGGACGUGUGCCCCUCGGAUUAUCUCGUUAGUUUAUCAAGAAAACAUUUAUUAUAAUUAAUUCUCGGACGAGUUCCAGCACUCUAAAUCCGCCCACCAAGGACCCUGACCCUGUCCACUCCAGGCGAUUCAAGACCGUCCGGCUGGGUCCCCCCGAUCUGGGCCGACUUUGCGCCUCCAAAUAACCUUAGCAUGAUGUCUUAUCUAAAGCAACCGCCUUACGCAGUCAAUGGGCUGAGUCUGACCACUUCGGGUAUGGACUUGCUGCAUCCCUCCGUGGGCUACCCGGGGCCCUGGGCUUCUUGUCCUGCAGCCACCCCCCGGAAACAGCGAAGGGAGAGGACCACAUUCACCAGGGCACAGCUCGAUGUUCUGGAAGCCCUGUUUGCCAAGACCCGGUACCCAGACAUCUUCAUGCGAGAGGAGGUGGCGCUGAAAAUCAACUUGCCCGAGUCCAGGGUGCAGGUAUGGUUUAAGAACCGAAGAGCCAAGUGCCGCCAACAGCAACAGCAACAACAGAACGGAGGUCAAAACAAAGUGAGACCCGCCAAAAAGAAGACCUCUCCGGCUCGGGAAGUGAGUUCAGAGAGUGGAACGAGUGGCCAGUUCACUCCCCCCUCUAGCACCUCAGUCCCAACCAUUGCCAGCAGCAGUGCCCCCGUGUCUAUCUGGAGCCCAGCUUCCAUCUCCCCACUGUCAGACCCCUUGUCCACCUCCUCCUCCUGCAUGCAGAGGUCCUACCCCAUGACCUAUACUCAGGCCUCAGGUUAUAGUCAAGGAUAUGCUGGCUCAACUUCCUACUUUGGGGGCAUGGACUGUGGAUCUUAUCUGACCCCUAUGCAUCACCAGCUUCCUGGACCAGGGGCCACACUCAGUCCCAUGGGUACCAAUGCAGUUACCAGCCAUCUCAAUCAGUCCCCAGCUUCUCUUUCCACCCAGGGAUACGGAGCUUCAAGCUUGGGUUUUAACUCCACCACUGAUUGCUUGGAUUAUAAGGACCAAACUGCCUCUUGGAAGCUUAACUUCAAUGCUGACUGCUUGGAUUAUAAAGAUCAGACAUCCUCAUGGAAAUUCCAGGUUUUGUGAAGACCUGUAGAACCUAUUUUUUGCGGGUGAUUUUUAAAUAUGCUGGGCUGGACAUUCCAGUUUUAGCCAGGCAUUGGUUAAAAGAGUUAGAUGGGAGGAUGCUGUCAGACUCCUGCUCAAAGUUCCCGAGAGGCAUAGAAGGAAAAAUGAAGGGCCUUAGAGGGGCCUGCCAACCAGCAACCUGAAAUGGACAAACCAAUCUACUUAAGAUUCUGUCAUAGUUCUAGAUCAUUGGUUUUCUGAUUUGCAAAUGAUUGAUUAAACAUUCUAGCCACUUGCAACCAAACACCACUCAAAAUAGAAAUCGAACAAAACUCAGUUGUGAGGGAAGGGAGGGAAGGCCGUGACCUCCAAAGCAGAGGUGAUCCGGUGUUUUUAGCCAAUCCUUGGUUGAAUCUUAGGAAUGGACAGUGUCCCAAGCUCAUUCACGGUUCAUGACCAACUGGUAGUUGGCACUGAAAACCUUUUCAGGGCUGUGUGAAUUGUGCGACUGAUUGUCCUAGAUGCACUACUUUAUUUAAAAAAAAAAUAAUGUCCAUAAGGAGUCAAUAUGUAGUUUAAGAGACAAUCAGUGUGUGUCUUAUAUAAAUGGUACAUCUGUGGUUUUUAAUCUGUGCUAGACUUCAAAACUGUGAUCUCCUGUUAUUGUAUGCAACCUUGAACUCCACCUCUGCAGAGGUUCUUCUGUGAUUAAAUAGGUUAUAAUUAUAAGCAAAAUUCAGAGCAACUGAAUGCUGAUCUAGAAAGAUUACCUUUGGCUGAGGUGAGCUGCCUUGCUGACUCUGGACAAGGAUAGAGAAGAAGCAAAAGGACCCUAAUUCAUCCGUAAUUUAAUGUUGGUAAGCUUGGUAGUAAAAAGACAUUGGUUGAUUGCUCUGACCCUGAUGAAUUUUAAACUGAGAUCAUUGUCAUUUAUGCUUGCAGAUGUUAACUGGAAGUUAUAUAUGCAUAAACCCUUUCUUCCUGGAUUUGGCAGAUAUGUAUAAUUAUAUUAAAAUGGUUCUAGCACAACAUUGGGUCCAGUUUAAUUUUAUACUAUUACUUAUGAAUGAAAAGCCUAUAUAUUCAGCCUCACCAUCCCAAAAUGUUUAUUGUAAGGCAGAGAAAAAAUUAGAAAUUUUACUCCUGUUUUAACUUUUCCUCUCACUUCGUCUAUGUAUGAAUGAAAUAGUUACGAAUGAUAGUGAUUUGUAAAUGUCUGUGACUUCCCUCAGGAUUGCUCCAAACUGAAGCUGCACCUUCCAAUCAGCCUUUAGCAUCUUUUCCUCCCCUGCUACAAGCUUGAAAUGAAUUGUGAGAAUUUGUUAGACACUAAGUUAAUUUUUUUUUUUAAGAUCAGUGUGUUGGGGGGAGACUGGAGUAUUUCAGAAAGUGAGAAUGUCAAGCAUUUGUUUUAGUUCUCUAAGGGCAUCCCCCCCUUUUCCUUUACUUAAAAAAAAUGAGGUAAACAUGAGAGGGACUGUAAUCAGAAUUUGAAAUCAAUUCAGGCAGAAAUGAUUUCUGAACAAAGAGUUUCAGAAAACUUUUAAAAACCUAUAAUUUCAGUGGUCGAAAAUAAGGCACCCUGGUCAUUGCUUUCUGGUGUGUGUGUGGGUUUGUGUUUGUGUGUGUGUGUCACACACUCGGGGAGAGGGAAAGUCCGUUUUUGGAUGUAGGAGUUACUAAAAACUUCAAAUGGCCAAUGAUCAUGGUGCUCCUCCGGUAAAAACUACUUAAUUUCACUUUGAACAUCUUAUGUUCUUAAAUUUGACCAAAAUUCAAUGACUCUUGAUUGUAACCUCUGUAAAUGAAAGUUAGCAGCUGCGGCCAUUUUGUUUUCUGGUCUUUUCAUUUCUCUUCCCUGGCUGUGAUCUUGUCUAAUCUUGGCUUAAUGAGUAAAAUCGU